AUGUUCGAUCUUGGCUACAGUAGCAUUCGAGACCAGCAGGUUGCUAAGUGUGGACCAUGCACCAAUGCUCAGGCUUGUGAGGAGCUGUGUCAUCGCUGCGGUCACUACCGUGCCAUCGACCAAUUCGCCAGAAACCAACGGAAUCGUGAGAAUCCACUCUGCCAGCCGUGUAUGAACUACCAGAUGUCCCUCGAUCCUGUCGAUCAGCCUCUUGCAAUCACGGACAAAGUUGUGGUUGAGGAUACGGGGGAUGAUGAGGAAGAGGAGCUCGACUCUGAGUCUGCUGGUCGUUCUGAACCCGUGGCUCUGUCUGGCUCUAUGGAACGCCCUGAGUCUGUCAACCUCUCUGGCUCUCUGGGUCGGCUGGAGAGCUUGGAGCAGGGCCUCGAGAGAGCUCUUGUUCUGGAUGAUGAUUCCACGGGUAGCGAGGAUAAUGGGAACCGGGGCGGGUUUGCAAGAGUCAAGGCGCACCGUGCUCACCAGGAGCCUGUUUCCGCCCCUGAGCCUGCCCCAGGCUGGGCACCCGGCACUCGCAAGGUCAAUGAUGGCACUCCUUGGAAAGGAGGAAGGUUCCUCUAA